AUGGCCGACGUCGAGUCCAACCCUGGCGCGGGCGGGAAGCCACCGCCGUACAAGGACCCUGACAAUGGGAGUCAGCGGUUCCUACUCGAGUUGGAGUUCGUGCAGUGCCUCGCCAACCCUACCUACAUCCACUAUCUCGCGCAGAAUAGAUAUUUCGAGGACGAGGCAUUUAUCGGGUACCUCAAGUACCUAAAAUACUGGCAGCGACCAGAGUAUAUCAAAUACAUAAUGUAUCCACACUGCCUUUUCUUUCUUGAGCUCCUCCAAAAUGCCAAUUUCCGAAAUGCAAUGGCACAUCCAACAAACAAGGAGCUUGCUCAUAGGCAGCAAUAUUUCUUCUGGAAAAACUACAGGAAUAACAGACUGAAGCACAUCCUACCACGCCCUCCUCCUGAACCAACCCCUGCACCUGCACCUUCACAAGCACCUGCUACAUUGCCCUUACCAGCGUCAGUGCCGACACCUGUAGCUCCACCUGUUCCUGCACCAACAUCGUCUAUGCCACCUGUGGUAGCAGGUGGUGCAUCUGCAAUGUCUCCUAUGCAGUUUGUGGGAACUCCGGGCACUAAUAUGCCGAAGAAUGACAUGAGAAAUGCUAUGGGCAACAGAAAAAGGAAGUAUGCACCUCCCUUGCAAUCAUUUCAACAAUUUGUUUUAUGA